AUGUCAUCGCCCAUCUCGCCGAAACCCCAUAGCUGCGCCAGAUGCUCCUCGCCAAAGCUCGUCUUUUCCCUCCAUGGGGGCGUCGUUGGCCGCACAGUGAUGGAUACGGAGGUGUACAUGUACAUGUUUGACCUCCUUUACGACGAAGCUGUUGCGCUUGCGGAGGACUCGUCGCCAGAUGAGGGCGAUGGGUGUGCGUUCAUGAAGUGGCUGACUGCCAGAUUGUCUCCGGUUCGGGACGCUCCUGGUCAGGGCCAACUAAAGGCUUUGGUUGGCGAACGUAGGGCCGUUAAGACGCAUCUUUACCUUCAAUGGGUUGAUGCGAGAUACACUCCCUGGCUCUGGUCCUUUCGUUCCGUGGACGAGCUUUAUCGGCCAUCUGGUUGGGCUGGCAUAGAAAAGCCGUCCGGGACGAAGGACGCGGACAAUGUGCAACGGAAGUCACCAGGUCUGACAAGAUUUCAUCCGGUCCGGAUAGAGGAUGAACUAGAAGUCGUGGGGGUUUUGGAAAAAGACUGGCAAGAAGCCGAAGACGACCGCUAUUAUCUGCCUGCGGAUGUGCCGGUGGACGACUCCGAUGACGAGCUCCAAGACGAGUUGGGAGGAAGCUUCAACAUCGUGGCCGAAGGGACCGAUUCCAUAAAGGUAGUACUUUGUGCCAGUCAAGAUGGCUCGCCGAUAUCCCACAUGGCCCAGCUUCCACAAGCCAUCAAGGAUGCGAUCUACAUCACACGACUGCUGGGUUUCAGCUACAUAUGGGUCGAUGCCUUCUGCAUCAUUCAGAACGACAUCCACGACAAACAGGAAGAGAUUGAGAAGAUGGGAGGCAUCUACGAGAACGCAGAGGUCACCAUAUCAGCCUCACGAGCCGAACAAUGGGACGAGCCCAUUGACCGGCGAGGAUGGACCCUCCAAGAGUCCCUAAUUUCUUCUCGGAUCUUGGAGUUCGGCACCAACCAGACGCGGUGGCAUUGCAACUGUCACCGUUACGGCGUUCCGCACGGCUCGAAGAAGCAUGGUCACCUCGUGGACGGCUGGACGUGCGACAAGAUUGAGCGAAGUCCGGUGAGCAUCGACUGGGCUCCGGUGGUUGAGUUGGAGGAAGUCGACAGAUUCCGUGCCAGAGUUCCGAUCGAGACACAUCGUCGGUUGGAAGAACGCGUCGCUCGGACUUGGAAGAGGAUAGUAAGGAAUUAUACCCGCCGUGCUGUGAGCGAUCCCAUGGAUAGGCUGCCUGCUUUGUCGGCCAUUGCGCAGAGACUGAAAGGCCUGUCUACACAGAGAUACGCGGGCGGCCUGUGGUUUGGGGAUGUUCCUCGGCUCCUUUUCUGGUAUCCAGUUGAUAUUGAUAACAUGAGGAGGUCGCCUGAAAGAGCCGCGCCUUCGUGGUCCUGGGCGUCUGUCAUUGGUGCCAUCAACUUUUGGGGCGUUCCAGCUACCGACAUAUCGGUCCUCGGGGUUUCACAAAACGAGUUGAUCUUGUGGGGUAUGCUUUGCAAGGCGACUGUCACUCGCAGUACAAGUUCCGAUCCUCACGGAUUUGCCCAGCCAUGUGUCGAGCAUAGGGUGGCGCACUGA